GCCAAGAUGAGUCUAAGUGGAAAGGUUGUCAUUACGACGGGUGCUAGUAGCGGCAUCGGUGCUGCCAUUGCCCAGGUGGUGGCCCGCGAAGGGGCCCGUGUUGUGCUCGUUGGUCGCAACCUGGUGAACCUGCAGGCCACACAGGCGGUGCUUGUGCAGAAGCAAGGACGCCAGGCUGGCGAUGUGCUGAUCGUGCAGGGGGAUGUGACCAAGGAUUCCAAGUCAAUUGUUCAACAAACGCUGGCAAAGUUCGGACGCGUCGAUGUGGUCGUAAAUAACGCCGGAGUUCUGAGCGUGGGCGGCUUGGCCGAUCUGGACAUUGAAGAGUUCGAUCGGGUGCUAAACACCAAUCUGCGUGGUGUGGUUCUGCUAACACAAGCUGCACUGCCAGAGCUGUUGAAGACGAAGGGCGCUGUCGUGAAUGUGAGCAGUGUGGCUGGACUGCGACCUUUCGCAGGUGCGCUCAGCUAUGGGGUGUCCAAGGCCGCCUUGGAUCAAUUUACCAAGAUUACGGCCAUGGAGCUGGCACCGUUGGGUGUGCGCGUCAAUUCGGUUAAUCCGGGCUUUGUGGUCACCAACAUACACAGUCGCAUCGGCAUCAAGGAUGAGGUCUACGAUGCAAUCCAUCAACGCGCCAUUGAAACACACCCCAUGGGCCGUGUGGGUGAUGUCCUUGAAGUGGCCGAGGCCGUGGCCUUUUUGGCCAGCGAUAAGGCCAGCUUCACCACCGGCGCACUGCUGCCCAUCGAUGGUGGCAAGCAUAAUCUGACGCCUCGCUAAAAAGUAUUAUAAACGCUAUUCUUAAACUACUAAUAAAGAGAACAUGUACUCGUAUUCUAUCAACAA